AUGGUAUCGAAAUCUCAAGUCCUCAGCCUCUGCCGUUCCCUGCUUCGAACGGGACGUCAGUAUAAUGAUUACAACAUCAGAUCGUAUGUAAAGCGAAGGACCUUGGAUGGGUUCCGCAUGAACAAGAGUCUCACUGACCCAUCAAAGGUGAAUGAGGCUUAUGCUGAAGGUAAAGCACAGCUCGAAGUUGCAGAGAGGGUCCUCAAGGUUUAUUUGGCAUAUCCUCCCAAGACCAAGAACAUCAUGGAACUCAAGCUUCAGUAA